AUGGCCGAAGUCGAGGCUACACCCACCUUUGGCGCCGAGCUCAAGGACGGGUUCAAAGGCGCAAACGGCUGGGUCGGCCACGGAAUCUCCUGGCUUGAAGACAUUCAGCAAUUUUACCGCGAGCGCGCUGUCAUCGAAAAAGAUUACAGCGCCAAGCUGGCGGCACUCGCCAAAAAGUACUUUGACAAGAAGAACAAGAAAACAUCUCAGCUGAGCGUUGGUGACUCGCCAAGCAUGACUCCUGGCUCUCUCGAAAGCGCUUCCGUUACGACAUGGGCGAACCAGCUGACGACCCUCGAAGCCCGCGCGGCCGAGCACGACGCCUACGCAGGCCAUCUUAUUUCCCAAGUCGCCGAGCCGCUCAAGUACUACGGUUCACGCUUCGAAGAGCUGCGAAAGCGCCACUCCGACUACGCCGACCACCUCACCUCUGAGCGCGACGCCUCCUACGAGCACCUGCACAAGAUCAAGACCAAGUACGAUGCUACCUGCCAAGAGCUCGAGACCCGCCGCAAAAAGUCCGAGUCCAGCUACGACAAGGCCAAGGCUCAAAACGCAUAUCAGCAGCAGAUGAUCGAAAUGAACAACGCCAAGAACACAUACCUCAUCACCAUCAAUGUCACGAACAAGCAAAAGGAACUAUACUAUCAUGACUAUAUUCCGGAAGUCAUGGACAGCAUCCAAGAUCUCAACGAGUUUCGUAUAAUUAAGCUCAACGGCUUGUGGACAGUCGCAAGCCAGCUUGAAGAGGGCCUCAUGAAGCAAAGCGCUCAGAUGAUGCAGGGCCUCACCCAGCAAAUUGCCAGAAACCAGCCCCAUCUCGAUUCUAUGAUGUACAUGCGCCACAAUCUUGGUGGAUUCCAAGAGCCUGUCAACAACACCUUCGAAGCCAGCCCUCUCUGGCACGACGAUAACCUCAUGGUAGUAGACGAGCCGGCAAAGGUGUACCUGCGGAAUGUGCUAGGCAAGUCCAAAUCACAGCUUGGAGAGCUACGACGCGAAGUUGAUCGGAAACGCCGUGAUGUCGAAUCUGUCAAGAACUUGAAGCAAAGAGUACGCAACGGCACAGAAAAGAAGGAUGAGGUCGAAGUAGUCACUCAACUAUUUGCUCUCCAAGAGGACUUACACAGCGUCAACCGUAAGCGCAUAACAGCAGAAGUCGAGACAACAACCAUCACGGCCGCUGUCGGUGACGUGACGCUUGGAGCAAACAACCACAAUUUCAAGGGCCAAACGUUCAAGAUUCCAACCAACUGCGAUCUUUGCGGCGAGCGCAUAUGGGGGUUGAGUGCCAAAGGUUUCGACUGCAGAGACUGCGGCUACACCUGCCAUAGCAAGUGUGAGAUGAAGGUGCCCGCUGACUGUCCCGGAGAGCAGAGCAAAGAGGACAAGAAAAAACUCAAGGCGGAGCGCCAAGCAGCCACAAAUAAACUUCUGACACCAGGCUCUGCGGCUUCAACACACACAACUGAGCUGCCUGAUCUCAGCAGAUCCAACACCAUGACUUCGCUUAGCUCCCGCUCAGCCCGCCGGUCGUUCUCAGGAUCGGCGCUUGAGGCACCCGCCGAAGACGAGCAACCCAGGAAACCUAGUCCUUCUCCAACACCAACCGGCGGGCGCAGGAAUCGCAUGGUGGCACCACCUCCCGCAGCAAACGCCUCAGACCCAGCUGGCCACGCAAACGGUGGAAGCGCCGAAAAAAAGGGCAAAAUGCUUUACCCUUUCGAAGCCAAUGGCGAUGGAGAGCUUACGGUACAAGAAGGACGAGAAGUCGUGUUAGUUGAACCAGAUGAUGGAUCUGGCUGGGUCAAGAUUAGGGCAGGGUACAAGGAAGGCAUCGUUCCCACGACGUACGUUGAUUUCAGCAGCGCCAUUCCCACACCACAAGCGCGACCGUCAUCCACAUACUCCAACUCGACGACGUCAUCGGUGGCCCCGUCCAUGGGCAAGAAGAAGGGACCUGCCGUCGCUCCAAAGCGAGGCGCCAAGAAGCUCAAGUACGUCGAGGCGCUCUACGACUACACAGCGCAGACGGACACGGAGCAUUCCAUGACCGAGGGCGAGCGAUUUGUGCUCGUCAAAGAGGACCCGGGCGACGGAUGGGCCGAGGUGGAAAAGGCGGGCGUCACGGCCAGCGUGCCUGCGAGCUACGUCCAGCCCGUCUAG